AUGAAGAAACAGAGCCAAACUCCACCAUCAAUACCAGACACAUCUAACUGGUAUGGGAUUACUCCUCCAAUCAGUGAAGCUCUGCCUGAAGAGGCUGACUUGGUCCGGACCAAAAAAUUGGUUGAUGUGCUUAAAUCAUGUGGUAUAUUUGAGGAUGACUUGGAGCUUCAGCACAGAGAGAACGUUGUCAAAAAACUGGAGUCCCUCUUUAAGGACUGGCUCAAAGAAAUGUGUGAAAGCAUGAACUUACCGGAAGUGGUAACAGCAAAGGUUGGAGGCAAGGUCUUCCCCUUUGGCUCCUAUAAUUUGGGAGCUCAUACAAAAGGCGCUGAUAUUGACGCCCUCUGUGUGGGUCCUGGAUUUCUGGAGAGGAAGCAAUUCUUCACCUCUUUCUACGAGAAGCUGAAAGCUCAGAAGGAGGCCAAAGACCUACGGGCUGUUGAAGAGGCAUUUGUCCCAGUCAUCAAACUUUCCUACGAGGGGAUUGAGAUUGACUUAGUCUAUGCCCGGGUGGCACAGAGGAGUGUUCCUCAAGAUAUAGACAUCCUCAAUGACAAUUUUGUGAAGGGCAUUGACAUACAUUGUGUCAGGAGUCUCAAUGGCUACAGAGUUACAGAGGAGAUCCUUAGAAACGUGCCAAACGUUUUUACUUUCCGGCUGGCUUUGAGAGCCAUAAAGCUGUGGGCCAAACGGCGUAACAUUUACUCCAACAUGCUUGGCUUCCUGGGAGGCGUCUCAUGGGCCAUACUGGUGGCUAGAAUUAGCCAGGCCUAUCCAAAUGCUUCAGCAUCCACCCUGGUGACCAAAUUUUUCAAGGUCUACAAUAUGUGGGAGUGGCCAAUCCCGAUUAUGCUGAAGAGAAUAGUGGAUCAGGGCUUUCAGCUCCCUGUGUGGAAUCCAAGGGUGAAUCGAGCUGACCGUGCCCACCUGAUGCCCGUCAUCACCCCAUCAUACCCACAGCAGAACUCCACCUGCAACGUGACUCGCUCCACCUUAGCUAUCAUACAGGAGGAGAUAAAGAGAGGACACACGAUCACUGAAGAGAUCCUGCAAAACAAAGAAAACUGGUCUAAACUGUUUGAAACUUCAGACUUUUUGGAGCAGUACAAGCAUUACGUUAUGCUGGAACUAACUUCAGCUACAAAGGAGCAGCAUCUAGAAUGGGUCGGCCUGUUGGAGUCUAAAAUCAGACACCUGGUGGGAAACCUGGAGAGGAAUGAGCUUGUUUCUCUGGCCCACGUUAACCUGCAGUCAUUCCCUGGACCCCAAAAUAGUGAUGGACAAAGCUCCACAUUUUGGCUGAUUGGACUCGUCUUUGAUAUGGACGUGUAUUUAUACAAAAAAGUAGACCUAAGUGUUGAGCUCCAGUCCUUCAAAACUCAUGUCUGCAGCCUGGCAGAGAGCUAUGAGAUGUCUGACAACGGGGUGACCAUAUCAGCCAAAUAUAUACUGAGGGAAAACCAAAGCUGGACGAUACCUGAUGAGAGCAAAAGGGUUUUCAAAAAAGCCAAGCCCGGAGUGAGCUCCCAGAUUUCAGCACCUUACAGAACAGGUCAAACGGCCACGACAGGCUGCCCUCAACCUCUGAAGCCAGCAAAGAAGACUAAAGCUGGCAAGGAACCAGUUUCUGUGACAAGCAGCCCAUGUGUGCUACCCUCCGUGGUACCACAGGGCAUAAAGAGACCUCUUUGUCAUCAGCCGGACACUUCAUCUAAGAAGUUGAAAGUCGAUGAGCAAUCCCAAAGCACCUGUUCUGAGUCCUCUCCAGGUGUUAUGCACAAAGAGGCCAUUAAUGCACAUGAGGCAAACCCUGGUCCUUCUCAAAGCACCAAGAGACCUCGCACUUCUGAGCCUGAGUCACCAAGCAAGAAAUACAAACCUAACCUGAUGGUCCCUGAUAACGAUCUGUCCGACCUGCCUCCCAGCCUCUCCAGACCUAUUGCAGUGGCAAAACGCUCCAUCAAAUUUAAACUUGUCAGGUACAGACUUCAUCCAGAGGUGUAUCCGCAGGAGGUCCAGUCCAGGGUAAGGGGCUCCCCUGUAGUUGUGGCCCCUUCUUCCUCCCGCCGCGUGCACUCUGUGUGGGGCACAGGCUCAGGGCACGGCCCCCUGUCGUCCUGCUGGGCCUCCAUCUGCUGCCGAGGUGGUUAG